AGUGUGCCAAUAAGGAAUGGGACCGGAUAUGGCUAUUCUGACUCUGUACAAGGGAAACAAGCAGACACACAACAUUAAAGUAGUUUACUCUUUUUUUACAUUGCUUGUUGUGAUGAUCAUAAUACAACUCCCAUCAAAGAGUGAUCUACAGCUGCAACCACACUUCCAAUGGAUAUCAACAUCUCUAUAUACAUAGCAGUUACAGCAGGGAUUCUGUUUACAACAUUCCAAGGAGUAUUCGGGACAAAUCACACUGUCAGCUGGAAAAUCUGUAGCAACCAGAGUUAUGAAAGAGAUCGGGGUCAUGGAUCAAAAUUUCUUGUUGGCGACAUAUUGGUAUUUCGUAGGGAGGAUGAAAACGAUGUUAUUGCUCGAGUGAUGUCGAAAUCCGAGUACGAGGAGUGCAGAGCGGAGAGUUCAAAGGCGUUAAUAUACAAAAGUGGGGAGGGCAUUGAACUGAAUAAGAGCGGUAGCUGGUAUUUUAUGUCGAGGAUUUCUGAUCGUUGUAAAUCGGGAGAAAAAGUGAUGAUAAGUGUUGUGACAGGAUCUGUGGUAAGGAAUCGGAGUUUAAGACGUGGAGGAUCUGGGCAUGGCGGUGGCGGCGGAGGAAGUGCAGGGAGUGGAGGAAGUGGAACUCCAGGGGGAAUUACUAAUCCGAAAGGAGGAAACCGAUCUCGCCCAAAAGAUGAUAAUGCCGCGGCUGCUGUGUCAUCUUCUUUUCUAAUCGUAUUGCUUGGAUUAUCUUUGAUCUUGUUCAACAUAUACUGACUGUUGAUUGAUUCAUUAGACAACUUUCUCGAUCAAACGCACCAAAAAAGUUAUUCGUUUGUGUUUUCAUUCCCUUAAACCACAAUCGGAAUAGCUCGGAAGAAAGAAGAUGCCUUGAAAGAGAAUGUAGAUAUCUCCAACGCAUCGGUUGUGGAAAGAGUUGCAUGUUAUUUUCACUUUAUUGGAUAUGUCAGAUAAAGAGCACUGUUUCCUUUUGCUGCUAGCCCUUUUCCCGAUUCCCAUUGGCCAUACAGAGCUAUUAUUAUAUUGUAUCGAAUUUAAAUCAAACUAUAUUCUUAUCAUGUUUAAUUAUUUUUAAAUUAUAUUCUAUUA